GGUUUCCGGUUCCUUGUUGGGGGAGCAUCGUAGCUACCUGCGGCCAAGCCUCGUAGCCGUCUCCUCUCCCGUCCUCUCUCUGCCUGCAGGAGCCACGGGCCCGCAGCCCGCAAUCAAGCCCCACAGAGCGGAGAUCUGCACGAGAGGCUUGGGGAUGGGAGGGCCGUGUCGCGGGGGCCUCACCGGUCUCCCCAAGAAGCGGGGAGUCCCGAGUUGGAAUCCCGGCUUGGCCCUUCCCUCUGUGUGCGUCCUCGGGCAAAUCACCCAGCAUCCCUGAGCCUCAGUUUGCCCGCUGGUAAAACGGGCGUGACACUCCCUGCCUCUCCCGGAGGAGAGAGGCCGACGCGGACAUCGCACCGGGCACUGCGCCAGAGCGCGCGCCCAGGUGCCAGGGUCUUGGGGCUCAGGCGCAGCAGCCGGGCCCGCAGCUGCUGGCGUCAUCGCGGAGGGCGGGGCCGCGGGGCGGUGCUCGGGGCCGGGGACGGCUGCUGGAGCGGCGCCCGCCGCGGCUCAGCGCAUCCCCGCUCUCCGCUUCCCUCUCCGCCGCGUCCCCGCGCGAAGAUGGCAACCGAGGGGCUGCACGAGAACGAGACGCUGGCGUCGCUGAAGAGCGAGGCCGAGAGCCUCAAGGGCAAGCUGGAGGAGGAGCGAGCCAAGCUGCACGAUGUGGAGCUGCACCAGGUGGCAGAGCGGGUGGAGGCCCUGGGGCAGUUUGUCAUGAAGACCAGAAGGACCCUCAAAGGCCAUGGGAACAAAGUCCUGUGCAUGGACUGGUGCAAAGAUAAGAGGAGGAUCGUGAGCUCGUCACAGGAUGGGAAGGUGAUCGUGUGGGAUUCCUUCACCACGAACAAGGAGCAUGCGGUCACCAUGCCCUGCACGUGGGUGAUGGCGUGUGCUUAUGCCCCAUCGGGAUGUGCCAUUGCUUGUGGUGGUUUGGAUAAUAAGUGUUCUGUGUACCCCUUGACGUUUGACAAAAAUGAAAACAUGGCUGCCAAAAAGAAGUCUGUUGCUAUGCACACCAACUACCUGUCGGCCUGCAGCUUCACCAACUCUGACAUGCAGAUCUUGACAGCGAGCGGCGAUGGCACGUGUGCCCUGUGGGACGUGGAGAGCGGGCAGCUGCUGCAGAGCUUCCACGGACAUGGGGCUGACGUCCUCUGCUUGGACCUGGCCCCCUCAGAAACUGGAAACACCUUCGUGUCUGGGGGAUGUGACAAGAAAGCCAUGGUGUGGGACAUGCGCUCCGGCCAGUGCGUGCAGGCCUUUGAAACACAUGAAUCUGACAUCAACAGUGUCCGGUACUACCCCAGUGGAGAUGCCUUUGCUUCAGGGUCAGAUGAUGCUACGUGUCGCCUCUAUGACCUGCGGGCAGACAGGGAAGUUGCCAUCUAUUCCAAAGAAAGUAUCAUAUUUGGAGCAUCCAGCGUGGACUUCUCCCUCAGUGGUCGCCUGCUGUUUGCUGGAUACAAUGAUUACACUAUCAACGUCUGGGAUGUUCUCAAAGGGUCCCGGGUCUCCAUCCUGUUUGGACAUGAAAACCGCGUUAGCACUCUACGAGUUUCCCCCGAUGGGACUGCUUUCUGCUCUGGAUCAUGGGAUCAUACCCUGAGAGUCUGGGCCUAAUCAUCUUCUGACAAUGCACUCAUGUCUACCUGAGAAUUUGAAAUCUUCACAUGUAAAUAGAUAUUACUUCUAGAGGAGCUUAGAGUUUAUUGCAGUUUAGCUUAGGGGAGCAAUGCAUAGCUCACAGAUCACUAAGCGUCUCCAAUAUGACUAUUAAAACUGUCACCUCUGGAAAUACACUAGUGUGAGCCUUCAGCACUGCAAGAAUACCUUCAAGUACAGUAUUUUUCUUUUGGAACACUUUUUAAAACGUAUCUGUUUUUAAGGUUAUUCUAAAUUAUAGUAGCCUCAACUCAUUCUGUCACCAGUAGAAUUCAGCAGUUAAUAUAUUCCACAUUAUUUCUUUGAAUCGUUUCAUUUUCAGAGCACUUUAAAGUCUGAUAUUUCUUGAUGUGCACUGUGAUGCCUGGAACCUUCCUCUGGAAGUGCUGGUUUUAUGGACUGAGGACUGGUAACUGGUCUGUGAUAGAAGCAAAUUCCAAUUCCAAAUGUAAUUAGACAAAAAUCACUUUUUUUAGAAUGUGUUUUUAUUGUAAAAGUAUCUUUUUCAGCUUCCUGCUCUAUUGUCUUUUUUCAGAUAAAACAUUUUUGUCUAUGGUGAACUGCUGUAAAUGACGCAGAGAAAUGCCUAAAAAGGACAGGUGGUUUGAUUCAUGGAUGAUGAUGAUGUCACUGUGUCACUUGGACAGGGCGUUUUCUCUGAAUUGAAGGGAAAGCCAAUGCGGUUUGUAAACAAAUGCUUCUGAGAGCAAACAAAACUCUUCUGUGUGGGAACACAAGAUAGUAAACUUAUUUAAAAACCUAUUAGUAGAAUUAGUGGAAACACUUAGGUUAAAGUGAAUCUUGUCCAUGUAGAUUAUAUUCAUAUGUAUUGCAUUGCAAUUAUAAUUACAUAUGCAGAUUGAUUGAUAGUCAUGAAUAGUAACGUCUGCUCUUACAGAGAAAGAAAAACAAUAUUAAAAGAUCUUCUCUUUAUUUGAGACUCAGAAUUCCUUCUGGAAGAAGGAAGUGCUUUUUGUUAUAGGGAUCCCUUCUUUUCCUUUUUUUGUUUUUUUUGUAAGAUGUAGUUGCUUAUUCUUUGCUUUAGAAAACUUCUCAUUUAAAAAGAUGGCAUGCACCUAGGGGAAUAAAAGGUCACCUCAGACACCAGAUGUCAUUCCUGGUGAGGCCUGCCUCGUGGGUGGCCUGGGGUCUGCCGGCAGGUUCUGGCUGCACCUGAAGGCUGCGUGCACCCUGUCCCCUGGACAGGUCUCCUCUCCUGGUCCUGCUCCAGCCCAGCCCUUCUUCUAGUGGUAGCUCUGGCUUUGCAGGCCCAGCUCCAGGCCCUGCUCCUCAGAGAGAGUCUUCCAGAGCUGGAGCUGGGCACAGCCAUAGGACAGGCCUGGACCAGAUGCUCCUGUAAACAUCCAGGGGUGUGCCAGGCCCACCCUCACAACUGCUUGUUCAGGUAUCGUGAUGGGCCACUCAGUCCAAAAUCAGCCAGGCCAGCUUUUCCAUCAUCUCACUUCAGAUAAACAUCAUAAUUAUAUUUGAUCAUUUGCAGAGCAGUUACUGGUGGUUUUAUUGUACACCGGGGUCUAGGGUAAAGAAAGAAAAAUGAAGGGCCUCUGCCUGCCUCCAGUGAGCCCAGAGAGAGUGCUUUUUAGUCCCAGUAGAUUCCAGUCUGGGCAGGGGCUCAGAAAAUGGGCCCAGUGUCUGGCCAGCUCCUGCCAGCUGCUGAGGGGGUCAGGGACACCAUGGGAUUCCUGAGCUCUGCUCCAGAAUGUCCCAGAGUGGCCCCUGGUGCAGCUGGCCUCCUUGUGGUGGCAUCCCCACCCCUCUCUCCCACAGCCAUUUUUUUUUUUUUUUUUUUGUCUUUGCACUGUGCCUUCCGGCUCCCAGAAGUGAAGGAAGGCACGAGAAAGGAAGGAAAGGUGGCCCAGGGGAAGCACAUUCCAGGUUCUAUGUUUGGAGGGGUGGAGAGCAUCUUCAGGAUAUGUGCAAAGUAGACUGUGACUUUCCAAUCCAAAAAGCCACUUUAAGGGCCCAGGGAAAGUAUUCCAGAGAAUGCUUCCGCUCCCUGCAUGGGCAGGAAGCCCCCUCCGCUGUGAGCAUGCGCUCUCGCAGUGGGCGCUGUCAGGAUUUGCUGAUGAGAUACUUGAUUUGGACUAUGUGACAGCAUGUGGAGACUCAGGGGUAAGCUCCAUGGAAUAGAUUGUAUUUUGCAGAUUGAAAAUAAUGCUGAGUGCAUUUUAUAAUCAGCUUUUCUUUUUUCCAGAGGACUUGGGGAUAAACCUACCAAACCAAUUGUGGUGAAGGGGCCAAACAGAUGGGCCCCCAGAGGUGUAGAGCCUUGGGCAGCCCCCUCCUGGGCCAGAAAAAACGAAAUUCAGGCAGAAAGAUGUGGGUGGUGGGUAUUUAUAGGAAGUAUCUGUGACAUGAAGCCAAGUCCAGUGCUUUAGAAUGCGCGGUCAGCCUCUCAUCGGUGGGGCCCUGGCAGCCGUCCCUGUUCUCCCAGGCAAGCCAGAGGUGGGCAUCCCAUUGUCACUGCCCUCUUCCUGCCCUUCUACCUCCUUCCCACCCCUCUCUAGAUUAUAAGUGGUUUAAAAUAGCACAAGGUUGUAAGGGCCUUUGUGUCCCAGGCUCUCGUAGUUGCCAGGCCAGCUGGCUGAAAGGUGGCACCACCGAUACUGGGACUCCUCUGUGAGUUACAGGGAUGCCAUGGUGACAAAGGAGGGCUGACCUUGGUUCACACCCACCUCUGUCACGUUCACAGAAUAUCUGAUAAUAUCUGAGUUUUUCUCAGCCUCAGUUUCCCCAUCUGUAACAUGGGAUGGGACUAAAAUAUGUAAAGUGCCUACCUCAGCCUUUAGCACAUCUUCUGCUCUAAGGGUUAGUUCCCAGCUUCUCCCUGUGUCCUCCUCAGUCCCCUUCCUAUUUGCCCCCCUCCCUUCUCCCUCCACCUAUCUUCCCUCUUUCUCUUCUCUUCCCCUCCUCCUUCCUCUCUCCUCCCUCUCUCCCAUCUCCCCCUCCCUCCCUCCCAUCUCCUCCUCCCUCCCUCCCAUCUCCUCCUCCCUCCCUCCCAUCUCCUCCUCCCUCCCAUCUCCUCUUCCUCCCUCCCUCCCAUCUCCUACUCCCUCCCAUCUCCUCCUCCUCCCUCCCUCCCAUCUCCUCCUCCCUCCCUCCCAUCUCCUCCUCCCUCCCAUCUCCUACUCCCUCCCAUCUCCUCCUCCUCCCUCCCUCCCAUCUCCUCCUCCCUCACAUCUCCUCCUCCUUCCCAUCUCCUCCUCCCUCCCAUCUCCUCCUCCCUCCCAUCUCCUCCUGCCUUCCUCCCAUCACCCCCUCCUCCCUCCCUCUCAUCACCUCCUCCCUCCCUCCCAUCUUCUCCCUCCCUCCCUCCCAUGUCCUCCUCUUCCCUCCCAUGUCCUCCUCCCUCCCUCCCAUCUCCUCCUCCCUCACUCCCAUCACCUCCUCCCUCCCUCCCAUCACCUCCUCUCUCCUUCCCAUCUCCUCUUUCCUCUCCUCUGCCCCCUCCCCAUCUGCUUCUCAUUCAUCUUGACUCCUUUUUCUAACCCUUCUCAAUCUUCCUCCCUUCCUCAUCUCCUCUUCCUCUCUCUCCCUGUUCCACCUCUCUCCUGGUCUCCUUCCUUCCCCUUCUGCUCUUUCUCCCUCCCUCCUCCUCCCUCCCCAUUCCCCUUCCCCCAGCUCUUUCUUUUCUCCCCAUCUCCUCCCCAUCCAUAGGCAGCCCCCACUCAUAUAGCAAAUUAGUAAUUCUCAUCAAUUAGAGCUUUGUCUGGGCUAGUGGUUCUCAAACUUUUUGGUCUUAGGAUCUGUCUACACUUCUUUUUUUUUUUUUUUUGAGACGGAGUUUUGCUCUUGUUGCCCAGGCUGGAGUGCAGUGGUGCGAUCUCGGGCUUACUUCAACCUCCGCCUCCCGGGUUCAAGCGAUUCUCCUGCCUCAGCCUCCCGAAUAGCUGGGAUUACAAGGCAUGCGCCACCAUGCCCGGCUAAUUUUGUAUUUUUAGUAGAGACCGGGUUUCUCCAUGUUGGUCAGGCUGGUCUCGAACUCCCGAACUCAGGUGAUCCUCCCGCCUUGACCUCCCAAAGUGCUGGGAUUACAGGUCUGAGCCACUGUGCCCAGCCUACACCCUUAAAAGUUAUUGAGGACCCCAAAUAACUUGUUCAUUGUGGAUUGUAUCUAUCCAUAUUUAUCGUAUUAGAAAUUAAGACUGAGAAAAAGUUAUAAAACACAAGAAUACAGAUGCACAUGUUCCAUUAGCCAUCAAGGUGAUCUUUCACCCAUGCCAGUAGUCUCUGGAAAACUCCUCAGAGAAUGAAAAUAAAAAAGUCACCCACACACACACGCAAAAAGUGUCAAUAUUAUUAUGAAAAUAGUUUUGACCUUGAGGACCCCCUGAAAGGGUCUCAGGGACCCUCAGGGGCUCUGGAUCAUGCUUUGAGAACAGCUGAUCUGGGCUAAUGAGCCCUUUUCCAGCCCCUCUGUGUGAGACCUCCUAGAAGCCAUUAAGGGCCUUGGAAGAGCUUGGCAAAGAAAGAGGUGACAGGAUGAUUGAGGAGAGCCACCCUAGGGAAAGCCUUCGGAGGAGGCUUUGGGGCAGCUCGGGUUGGUGGAGGAAGUCCCAGAGAGGCAGUCAGAAGGGCUAGGGACCAGCUGAGGCCUGUGACCUGAAAAUCCUUUCAAAAGAGGACGCCUGGAAGCCUGGGGAAAGCACAGUGGGUGAGGUAGAAGAUUGGGGCUGAGGCCCAGGCCACUCCCAAGCCUGGGAGAGCUGACCGAAUGGGGAUUUGUAGAUCUUCAUUUCCCAAACUUGCCUGCUGAGAAGAAUCGUCCCACGCAUGGCAGGUUCAUGCCCUGCGCCUUUAGGGCCCUGCCCUGAGAUCUGGACUGGGCCGGCCUGAGGUGGGCCAGGAAAUCUGAGCCGGAGGCCCACUGGGGAGGCCGCGAGUGAAUCUUGUCUCUCCGGAUCCUUUGUGAGGAUUGCGAUGCUAAACCACUUGCCCUCUCAUCCGUGACCGGAGAGAAUUGGGUCACUCUUCUGGACAUGCCACAGACUCCUGCUUCUAGACAAGACUUGGCUGGAGCCAGGCUGGCCUUCAGGGUUGGUCAGUCUCCACAGGGGACUCUGGCCUCCCGUGGGCUGCCGCAGGGCCAACCCCAGUGAAAGAAAUGAAAUGACUGAAUAUGUUCGUGUCAUUAGAAAAAGGAUGCAGCAGGGGGUGGGGAGGAGUUGGUUAAUGGAAUCAAAUUUGCAGCAAGAUAGGAGUCUAGUGUUUGGCGGCACUGUAGGGUGACUAUCGCUAAAAAUAAUUUACUGUGUGUUUUCAAGUAGCUAGAAGAGAGAAUUUUGAAUGUUCCUGUCAACCUAAAUAACAAAGACAGGCUCUCUAAAAGAAAAAGAUAUUUAAUCAAAAGUAGGGCAUUGCAGCAGGAAUAUGUGUGCUGUAGUAAACUGUGUGCAUAUUCCAGGAGGUAAAGAAAAACAAAGGUGGCCGGGCGCAGUGGCUCACGCCUGUAAUCCCAGCACUUUGGGAGGCCCAGGCGGGCGGAUCACGACGUCAGGAGAUCGAGACCAUCCUGGCUAACACGGUGAAACCCUGUCUCUACUAAAAAUGUAUUAAAAAAAAAAAUUAGCUGGGCAUGGUGGCAGGCACCUGUAGUCCCAGCUACUCGGGAGGCUGGGGUAGGAGAAUGGCAUGAACCCGGGAGGUGGAGCUUGCAGUGAGCUGAGAUGGCACCACUGCACUCCAGCCUGGGCGACAGAGCAAGACUCUGACUCAAAAAAAAAGAAAAAAAAAAAAAAAAGAAAAAGGUUUUUAAAGGAAAAAAUGAAGAGGACUACAUAAUGGUUUUGAAAUGAUUAUCCUUGGCUACAAAUAUCAAUAACAAAGGUCACACCAGUCCAAGGUUGGACAGGCAGUUGCUAGGCAGAUGUCCUUGCAGAACUAAUUUUUGUGUGAGGUUGCAGCAGCCUAUGUGCAAGGUUGUAAUUUUUGCAGAAUCUUUUGUGAUCAUUUUUGGUAUUAGGUAUACAAGCAUGAGAAUCCUCUCUUCAUGGCCUCCCCAGCUAUAUUUGUCAUGGUUUGAUUUUUAAAACACUAGUGACUCUAUUUGAAUUCUAACAACUUUCACAUUCCCAACACAAAUGAUAGACAUUUAAGGGAUUAAUGUGCUAAUUACCCUGAUCAUUACAUAUUGUAUACAUGUAUCAAAAUAACACACUGUACCCCAUAAAUAUGUACAAUUAUGUGUUAAUUAAAAAUAAUUAUUUUUAAAAACAGAACCAGAAAAAAAGAUGCAGACCCUCUAGUAAGGAGAUGGGAUCAGGAGUGAUUCCAUGGUUAAUUUAACCCACAUAAACAACUAAUCGUAAGUAUGGUAUGAGCAUUUAUGUAAAGACUGUGACAACAGGAAAUGUCUGUGUUUGAACCCAAGGUUAUCUAACCAGCACACCAAUGGUGAAAGAUUAACUUUGUCAGAAACCAGGAACCAUGAAGCAGAGGUCACUGUUUCCAACCUGUGUGUUUUCCACGAUAAUUGGCAGCCUCCCACUCCUAAGUUUAUACCCAAGGGAAAUUAAAACAUACGUCCACACAGAAAUUUGAAUGCAAAUGUUCAUAGCAGCAUUACUCAUAAUAGCCCAAAGUUGAAACAGCCCCAAUGUUACACAGUGGAUGAAUCGAUGAACAAAAUAUGGUGCAUCCACACAAUGGAAUACAAAGAAAGAAAGCGUGGACACAUGCUACAACAUGGAUGAACCUUGAAAAUAUUGUGCCAGGGAAAAGAAACCAGAGACAGAGCCACAGGUUGUAGGAUUCCAUGUAUAUGAAAUGUCCUAAUAAGCAAACUCAUAAAGACAAAAAGCAGAUUAGUGGUCACUUAGGGCUGGGGUGAAGUUAGUGGGCACUGAGUUUCUCUGGGGGGGACUGAAUUAGAUAGUGGUGGUGAUUGCACAAUUCUGUGAAUAGACUAAAAACCACUGGAUUGUAAGAGGGUGAAUUUUAUGGUAUAUGAAUUACAUCUCAAUAAAGCUGUUACUUAAAACAUGGAAAAAAUAAUAAGCAGUCACUAGCUAUUCUCAAUAAAACAGAAACCACAUAGGUAAGACCAAUAUUGUCACAUUUUGGUUUUGGCUGAGAAUGGGGCAAGUGAGCAUAGUCACCCUUGCCAGAGGAUGUACCAUUUACAAAUAAAAGUUUCUCUGGAAUGACAACAUUUUACUAUGUGCCAGGUACUGUGCUAAGCACUUUGCGUAUACCGAUUCAUGUAAUCCUUGUGACAGCCUCGUGAUGCAGACAUUUCAUUAUCUCCAUUUUUAGAUGGGGAGAUAGACUGAGGUUAGGAGAGUUGAAUAACUUGCCCAUAGCUGCGCAGCUUCCAAGUUGCAGAGACAGGAUUUUCACCGAGUCUUAUUACAAACUGCCUCAUAUUGUGUGGACUGGAAAUUCUAUGUUGAGGUUAAUUUAUUCAUUUGUUGUUCAGUUCUUUUCAUCACUGUUGAGUUACCAAUGGCAGUUCCAGAGGAUUUAUCACUUACCCUAAAGCUACUACAAAUCUAAGAAAAAACAGUGUUCUUGCUAAAGUUUAAUGUACAAAAAGGUAAAAUCAUGACUGUCUUGCAAAUAAAACAUGAACAUGUAUCCAA